CUUGGGGUAGCCGCCCCGCGUCCCCUUGUCUGAUUCCUUGGGCGGGGCGUUUGAAGGAGAGAGAGAGACGGGCAUCUCCGGGAAUUCACGGGAAAUUUCCAAGUGACAGACGGCCACACUGACGGUGGCGAUGACACCUGCCAGGCCUUGUGGGAGAGCGCAGAGUCAUCUGGGGCUAAUAUUUGGCACCCUUUACCCUGCCUAUUCUUCCUACAAGGCUGUGAAAUCGAAGGACAUUAAAGAAUAUGUCAAAUGGAUGAUGUACUGGAUUAUAUUUGCACUUUUCACCACAGCAGAGACAUUCACCGACAUCUUCCUUUGUUGGUUUCCAUUCUAUUAUGAACUAAAAAUAGCAUUUGUAGCCUGGCUGCUGUCUCCCUACACAAAAGGCUCCAGCCUCCUCUAUAGGAAGUUUGUACAUCCCACGCUGUCCUCAAAAGAAAAGGAAAUCGAUGAUUGCCUGGUCCAAGCAAAAGACCGAAGUUAUGAUGCCCUCGUGCACUUUGGGAAGCGAGGCUUGAACGUGGCGGCCACGGCGGCGGUGAUGGCUGCUUCCAAGGGACAGGGUGCCUUAUCAGAGAGACUCCGGAGCUUCAGCAUGCAGGAUCUCUCCACCAUCAGGGGAGACGGCGCCCCUGCUCCCUCCGGCCCCCCGCCACCAGGGCCCGGGCGGGCCAGCGGCAAACACGGCCAGCCUAAGAUGUCCAGGAGUGCUUCCGAGAGCGCUGGCAGCUCAGUGUGUACCUGCUGCUUCACCUGCAGGACCUGGAAAGUGGUUGAGGGGGAUGUGAAUGAGGGUGGUGUGAAGGCAUGGGAGCCUCACCAGGUCCAAAACCCAUUGGCGUUUUCCGAUGAUGAUGAGGAAGACCUGCUGGAUUUCAUGUACAAGUAUAAAGCACCUCGAAGGACGGAGUUCCCCCUGGAGGCACCGCCUAGAAUCCUUCGAUCUCGCUUCAGGAAGAAAAGUACCUCAUCCUCGGCCACUGAAACCACGUGAGUGAGAUGAGCCAACAGCACUGGAUCCACAGAAUGUUUCUUCUCUGCCUUAAAGAGCUAUUUAUUCACUAAUAACAUAGAAACCCGCAGGCUGGUGUGCUGAGCGUGCAGCCUCGGACGCGGCCUUUCCUCUCUCCCCUGUUCCACUUGGAAGAGUUUCUCUUCCCCCCCUCCUUUUCUUUCUUUUGCUGGGGAGAGGCUAAAGGGAAAGGUAGUGUGCCGGGGGUCAGCAGUUUUCCACAACUGGACCGGCGUACAGACAGCAGUGUUUUAGAAAUAGAAGAGAAUCGCCCCCACUGCUGGGAUGCACAUUUGUCAUUUCUUGGUCGCAUACUUCGUUUUUAGUCCUGUAUAUGCAAACAAGGCAAUUUGCUUUUUAACUUCUUUUUGUUCUUGGUACUAGUACUUUGGACUACAAUGUACAUAUUUAUGGCUUUUGGCUUAAGACAGUGGACUUGCAAGGGCUGCCAGAGGUUCUGAUGUGGAAGAAAACUGCAAAAGCAGAAGUGUAAAAAAUUAUCUUGAUUCUAGAGGAUGUCUCAGAUGUGCUUACGAAGCUUCCAAAUACACCUCGAGUACAGCAUCCCUCUUCCUGCAGGGCGAUGGUCCAUAUCCUUCAGACAGUCAGUCAACAGACCAGAGGGAAGUUUAGAAUGAAGAGAGGCAACACUUUAGUGACAGGUGUGAGUGUAACGAAGACAGGGGAACAGCCUAGAAUAAGAGGAAAGUCACAGGAAGCUUGUCUCUCCCAUGGAUCCAGGAUUAGGAGCUUCUGAAUCCUUACAGGGGAUUUAUCAUUGUUUUAGGCAGCAGCCUCGCCCUUGGUAAAACUCCUCUCGGGCGUGUAGACUUACAGAGCUGUUGUAAGGAAUCAUCUUGAGUGGUUCAAAAGUGCUUGACGAUGACUGUGUCUCCAUAAUAGGACCCAGUGCUGUGACUGAUUUCCCCAGGUAGAGGAGCCCACAGUGGGAGCGCCUCGUUUCAGGAAACACUAAGCGAAAACCAACCCAUCCACCCAAACAAAAGCAACCCUACGAUCAUGAUCGGUUCAGAUACGCGGUGAAGUAUAUCUGAGACACCUGGGUAACAGUCCAAACGCUGGGUUCUAGAAAGGUUUCAGAGGUCGAGACCUUCAUGGAUGUGACUGGCUCCCCAGCUCACGGGCAGCUCUGGCUCAUGCCCUCUGUUCCUCUCCUGGCCUGUGCAGAAUGUGAACCAGAGAUGUCGCACGCUCAUGGGCACUCGUACUUCAUACAAGCCCGCAUCGCUUAGGAAGAGAACAAAUCACUGUCUGAGGGAACUCCCUGCUUAGACUGAGAAUUUUAUCUGAAAAGAAGAAUCUGGUUUAAAUAGCAUUUUGGUCUGAGGCAGCUGCUCUGGUAGAGCUGACCCUAAAUGUAGGACUCAUAUACUUACGCUUAGAGUUGGUGUUUCCUUUCAGUGUGAUGCAUGCAGUGGUCACAACCCAGUUACUUAUAAUACUUGGAUUAUGUUUGUUCAUAGAUAGGCCCUGAACACUAGAGAGUGUUAUGUACCACAUAGAACCUACUGUCAAUCAGCUAUAAACAGGCCCAGUUAAAGACUGAGCUACGCAAACACACAUCAGUCUUUGCUGGUGACACAUUGGCUGGAUCUUAGCCACCUCCGAGAGGGUUUUACUUGAAGUUGCUUGUUACCAGAUGUGCAUAUUUAAAUCCCUUUUCCCCACAAUGCCUCUGAAGGUGACUUUGUAAUUUACAAAAGGAUUUAGGAAAAUAAACCUAAAAGCAAAUUUGUGGUUCAGAGGGCAAACAGAGGCUGUCUGUUCAUUGUCUGUGCCCCACACCCACCAAUACCUAAACCCCCGAGGGAAGACAGAAAACCUGUUUUCUUCAAGCUCACUGAAUAGUUUCAGACAGAGGAAAAAUAUACGCUUUAAAAUGUAUUUACCUGUCAUUGGGAGUACCCAGAAUUAUCAGAAACAAAAGCAAAAAAGCUUAACUCAUUAAGCAGCUUUUUAGCAAUUUUUUUUUUUUGCCAAAGUAAUAAAU